CGGAGCCACGCGCCUGGCUCGCGAAGCCGGUGAGCAGAAGAAUCACUCAGCGGGGCGGGUCCUUCCAAGGAAGCGUGCAUCUUUAAAGGGGUGGGGUGUAGGGCGCGUGUUGAAAAAGAGGAGAGCUGCCAAAGUUCGCUUCAGAUCAGCCACUGGAGAAGGUACCGUCAGGAUUUAAAUCCAAGACCACAAACCGAGACACACAGUCUACGUAAGGGAACUAAACAGUGGUCUACUUCUCCAGCUCGUUAAUUGCUUAAUGUGUGAGAGGGUUUAUGUGAGUAACCUAUUUCAGUUAGUUGUAUAUCUUAACUCAGAAGCAAUGGAAAUCACUACAACACAAACCAGGCAAGGCGCUUAUACUGUUAGAAUUUCGGAGGGCCGUUCCCCGGUCACUGUGGAAACCUCUACACAUGAAUGCGGCAUCCUCAACGUUGCAAGCCUGCAGACCAAGGGCAAAGUGCUGAAAAGACAGCGCUCUAGUUCGCCUGAACUUCUCAGAUGCAAAAGGAGGCUGAGCUUCAAUGGGCUGGGCUACACUCUUCCACUACAGCAACCUGUCGCUGUGGCCAGACGCAACGAGCGCGAGAGAAACCGGGUCAAACAGGUCAAUUUGGGUUUCCAGACGCUACGCCAGCACGUGCCCAACGGGGCAGCCAACAAAAAGAUGAGCAAGGUAGAAACGUUGCGUUCGGCAGUGGAGUAUAUCCGUGCGCUGCAGCAUCUUCUCGACGAACACGAUGCGGUGUCAGCGGCGUUUCAGUGCGGGGUUAUGUCCCCUACCGUAUCUAACAACAACUCGGUGGACCCGGAAUCCCCCCACUCUAUCUACUCAUCGGACGACGGAAGCUAUGAACAUCUAAGUUCGGAGGAGCAGGAGCUGUUGGAUUUCACCACCUGGUUCGACAGAUACUGAUCCGGUGCCAGAAAUAAACUUUAAACGAAAGGGGAUUAUCCGGAGUACUUCUUCCUCGCCGUUUCCAUGCAACAAGGCAAUUGCUGUGGUCCCAGGAGUAGGACUAACAGAAGAAGCUACGAAUGUGCGCGACUGGGUUCACCGGACAUGGCGUCCAAGGACAAGGGCACGACACCAAGUUAAUCGAGUUAACAUUGUAACAGUUAAUUUAAGUGCAAUUAUAAUAACUAUAUUUAGUUGUAACUACGAAGGCAGCCUGACUCAAAGGUAAUUUGGCUGUGUCGCUGUACCGAUUUGAAAAACCGGUCCCAGAGCCACUGAAAGUUCCAGAGAAAAGCGACAGUUUAAGAACUAAACACUGAGUCGGCCAUGACUGGAAAAUGGCAAGAUCGGUUUAAUUCGUUUUCUUGUGAAUGUUGCUUUUAAUUAGUUUACGUUUUAAAUUUGUAUCGCUCGUUAAACUGCAUAAUAAGAAGACGUAAACGUGCGAGCGUGGGGUAAUUGCGCGAUACUCCGAACUUUCCGAACAUUCACGUGCUGGAUUUUCACAUUUUAAUAACCUAUUUAUACAUCUGAUCUGUUGAAAGAAUUAUUUGAAAGGUUUUCACUUCUAUGUACGAUUGGUGUUUCCAUUUAUGCACUUGUAUCCCCAUUUUUGUACUAAAUGUACAUAUGAAUUUUAAGAG